UAUCAAUGUUGACAGUUACAAAGGAUUCUCGACUUGAAGAAGUAUUAUGCAAGUUAACAAGAACAUGCACGUGAGAGCGGAGGGUCGGAGGGUCGAUUUCUUAGAAUGAAGGUCAGCUACAUGAAGAGCAAGGAUUAGCUCUCAAUAGCUGUAAUCCUUCAUAAAGGCAGCAGUGUCAGCAACAACACAGAAAUCCUGUGUCCUUUGCAAAUCUUCAUUAUUCAAUAAUAUCAACCUUAAUUAUUUGAGCCAUGGCUGAGACUACCCCCAAACCCGUCAAUAUCUACUGGAGUCAUGAUCUACAGAACGUUGAGAAGCUACCAUGGUACCAAAAGGAGCUUCAAGAGAUAAACCCUGAGGCACGAGAGCUGUUCGAGAAGUACAGCCAGAUCCCUUCAGAGGAAGUUGUCUCUCACAUCACGCAAUUCAGAGAUGAGGGGUUCAAAGUGUUUCCCUACCCUUGCUUGGGGAAAUGGGGUUUUCUCAAUUUCAACAUCCGCCGGAGCCCUCAGUAUGACGAGAUUCUUCGGCGAGUCAAAAAUGGCGACAAACUCCUCGACAUUGGGUGCUGCGUCGGACAAGAUAUACGUAAACUCGUCUACGAUGGUGCUCCAUCCGAGAACCUCGUCGGAUCCGACUUGAAAAAGGAGUUCAUGGAUAUCGGGUACGAUCUCUUUCGGGAUGGAACAACCUUGAAAGCAACAUUCAUUGCUGCAGAUAUUUUUGAUCCAGAAUCAGACUUGAAGACGAUCGAUGGCUCUAUGGAUAUAGUUUACGCCUCCCACUUCUUUCAUCUGUUUAACUGGGAUGAACAGGUAGAUGCUGCUAAACGAAUGGUGGCGUUGUUGAAGCCCAAGGCAGGGUCACUUGUGGUUGGUAGACAUACUGGGCAUACUGUUGCUGAAGAAACAACACCAAGAUUCAAGUUGGACAAGCCAAAAUUCAGGCACAACGCAGAAUCAUUUGCUCGUCUCUGGAAACAAGUUGAAGAGGAAACGGGAACGAACUUCAAGAUUGACUCGUUCUAUGAUGAUGAAGCGUACACGGACAAGAACGCCAAUUUUAUGCCGGAGGGAACUAGAACUAUUGGAUUCAGCAUCGAGAGGCUGUAGGAGAUGUUGGCCUUUUUGGAAUAUCAAAUUGCAUUAUUAUAGCCAGCCAAGUUCAUAGACAUAGAUUUCAU